AUGAAAAGUGCUAUUGAGAAAGUUCAAUCCGGAGAAAUGGGCCUUAAUAAAGCUUACGCUGAAUUCAAUGUGCCAAAAACUAAUUUAAAAAGGACAAUAAAGAAAUACUUGACCACCCAAAAUAUUGAGGAAGCCACAGAAAAGAACUUAGGUAGAUUUAAGCAGAUAUUUACCAAAGAUCAAGAACUGGAAUUAGCUGCGUAUGUUAAAGAUAUUGAAAGUCGAUUUUUUGGAUUAACCACUGAGACUUAG